UCUCUCUCCCUCUCUCGCUCUCUCUCUCAUAUGUUCACUCACAGUACAUGGUACAAAUUACUGCAGUUACCCUAAAUCGAUUUCUUACAGAAAACCCUUAAUUAUGAUCCAUUUCUCAGCCGUUACACACCAACGCUUCUGCCGAUGAUGCCGGAUCCCCAAGUCCGUACCGCUACCAAAAGCCGUACUCGCCCUCGCCGUCUCUCCGCUUGUCACCGGCAUCCUAGCGAACCCGUCACGGGCUUCUGUGCAUUGUGUCUACGAGACCGUCUCGCCGGUUUAGAUUCUUCUUCUGGUCAAGUUGAAGUUGAGAAGGUUGUUGUAAGUAGCCGCCGGACCAGAGGCCACGGGGUUGCUUCUUCAUCCGCGGCUGUGCCGGAACUGCGACGGAGCAAGUCUGUUGCUGCCGAGAAAGGCGAGGUUCUGAAUGCUUUGGCUACGGAUCCGCGGAGAAAGUCGUGUGAUGUAAGGAGUCGUAGUUCCCUCUCGGAUCUGUUCGUCGUUGAUGAUACGAGGAAACUAGGAAAUGGGGCUGUGAGGGUUGAAUCGAAGAAUUUAGGGUUCUCGAGCAUUGCAGAGCCGGUGUUGGAGAUGAAGGAAGAUGAGGGAGAAGAAGAACUUGACGACGACGACGAUGAAAUUAGGGUUUCGGAUGAUGUCCUUGUGCGAAAUGAAGUCGAUGACGAUGAAAUUAGUGAAGAAGAGGGCGAUCGGAAGACGAUGAAAGAGUAUAUCGAUAUGGAAUUGCAGAACAAGAGGAGGAAUUUUUGGGAGGCAGCAUCUGUCUUUAGUCAGAAAUUACGGAGAUGGAGACAAAAACAGAAGGAAAAGAAGCAAACCAGAGGCUGUAAUGGGGGAAUUGACACUGCUAGGUCAAAUUUAGGGCAAUUCAGGGAUACGCAAUCUGAGGUAGCAGAUUACGGAUUUGGUCGAAGAUCUUGCGAUACGGAACCACGGUUUUCAGUCGAUGCCCAUCGAAUGUCUGUUGAAGAUCCACGAUUUUCGUUUGAUGAACAUCGGGCCUCUUGGGAUGGAUACAUGAUUGCAAGAACAAUUCCUCGGCUUACACCAAUGCUCUCCAUUGUUGACAACAUGAUGUUGGCUCCUGUAAACAGGGGGGCCGCCAUGGAAAACCUGCAAAUGCAUUCAAUAAGUGAAGACGGAGCUAGUUCUGGUGGGUCAGCUCAGUCUAACUCGGAUUCUUCUACAUCCAAAGGAAGCAGUUCAAGUUCAAUGAAGAGUUGCAGUACCAAAACAGCAGGAUUGGGAGGUGAUGAUCUAAAAUCUGCUUCAUAUGCCAAGGUAUCACCUGCAAAUGAUGUUAUAUUCCAAGGAACGAAGUUGGUUAUUACUGAAAGGGAAUUGAAAGAUUGGCAUAUGAAUUCUAUCAAGAACAGCAACAUUGAAUCUGUUUCAAAUCCACCCAUUUCCUCUAGUACAACAGUCAUUGCAUCAAAUGGGCAUAAAAAAGCAAUGGCAAGUAGGUGGAGAAAGGUCUGUAAUCUAUGGGGUCACAAGUAUAAACUUAGCAGCAAAAAGGAUGGUGAAGAUAUCACAGUAAACCCAGAAACAGGAGCUUUUGCUAAUCGAAACAAUGAGAUUGAUGGAGUUGAAAGAGGGAAUUCGAGUGGGAAGCUUGUUCGAAACGCCAGUUCUGUGAAUUCAAGAAACAGAAGUGAACUACAUCAAAGUGGCAGAGAGGGUGGUAAGAAGAAUAGGGAUGAGUUUGUGUUGGAUAGGACCAGGAGCUCAAGGUAUUCGACAAGUGAUCUGGAUAGUGGUUUGCUGAGGCUGUAUUUGACACCAUUUAGGAACUCUAGGAAGAGUAAAUCUGGAAAAGGAAGGGGAAGAAACUUGUCUCCAUCUAUGGCCACCAAUGGUUUGCAGCUGAACUGAACUUUUAGGUACUCUUAAAACUUUCUCAGAAGUAGCAUAAAUCUGUAGAGCCUAUUAAUUUGUUUUCUUGUUAUCUGCACAAAAGCAUGGCAUAAUGUUACUUGUCUUGUGCUUGAUGCUCUCUUUCAGUGAUGGCAAUAAUAGAAGCUUAAGUUUUUCUGUGU